UGUCCGUCUUGGCGGCAUCAAGUUCUGCGGGGAGGUGGGCUAUAGCCCCGACGCAGCUCUAAUUAUAAUAUAAUAGCUGCCCGUUUUCACGACAGCAUUUUUGACGGGGGAAAGAAGCUUUGUCAGUCUGCUUUAAUUUCUCGCGGUGAUUGGUUGGAUCGGCGGUCUGUCGACGGAUGCGAUCGAUCCUGAGGGUCCUCGGAUCGAACAAGUUGAACGUGGAACGACAGGAGCCGUCCGUCCUCUUUCAUUUCUCUGAUUAUUUUUCUCGCAACGCGGACAAACGUCGAUGACGACGAGGGUAUUCAACGACUGACGACAAAAGUACCGGAGAACUCUGUUCGAUUCUCGAGAUCACCGUUCUCUGCGUGGAAAAUCGACCCAGGAGAAACUGCUAGUGUUGCGUGAAAGUUAGCUAGAGCACCGUCAGACUUCGAGUUUCGUUCAACAUGGCGUUGUUGAUACGUCGCAUCUGCGAGAUGUACCGCUACGUCAACGACGAACUCUCAGAUCCCAGGACGCAGGACUUCUUCCUGAUUGGAUCACCGUGGGCCUGUUUAGGUAUAAUAGGAUUCUACUUGUACUUCGUGCAUGAACUAGGGCCCAGACUCAUGGAGAAGAGAAAGCCUUUCAAACUCGACAGAGUCAUUCAGAUAUACAACAUGAUACAGAUAGUAUUUUGCGCAUACGUGCUAUACAAGGCGCUGAUACUGGCCUGGCUAUUUCAUUACAGCUUCUACUGCGAGCCAGUUGAUUAUUCCAAUGAUCCUCGGGCGCUCGAGAUAGCCAGAACGGUCUGGAUGUACUUCAUGGCGAAGAUGUUUGAUCUCGUGGACACCGUAUUCUUCGUCCUCCGAAAGAAACAGAACCAAGUAUCCUUCCUCCACGUCUACCACCACACGGGGAUGGCUUUUGGUACCUGGACGGCGACCAAGUUCAUGGCGGGAGGACACAUCACAUUUUUAGGUACGAUCAACUGUUUCGUUCACGUGGUGAUGUACAGCUACUACUUAGCGACGUCCUUCCGAAUAAGCAAACCCUGGUGGAAGAAGUACAUCACCCAGCUGCAGUUGACCCAGUUCUUUCUCAUAUUGGUGCACUUCAUACUACUGGCCUGGGUGGACGACUGCGGUUUCCCUAAAUGGGUGGCAGCCGUGCUCAUCCCCCAAAACCUCUUCAUGAUUGUCCUGUUCAGCGAUUUCUAUUACAAAGCCUACAUAAAAAAGCCCCGCCCCAAGGUCGCGCAAAAUGGUUUCUCGGCUGAAGGAUCGAACGGAAAUCUAAAGACAUUAGAGCUCUCGAUCACUGUGCUUUAUCAAUCUCCUUUAAUUAAGCUACGCUCGGCCCAAGUGCAUCGAUUCGUCAACGACCUUCAAUGCCUAAACAAUUCUUUUCAGAAUUCGUUCGAGUCAGUGUCCAGUAAAUUCAUCGACAUGACCAGCAUAAUUCGCGAGGUGGUGAACAAUUACGAGGAGUUCGCGGAGAUAACCAAAGAAAUUAACUUGGACUCGUGGACAAUGAUGUCGUCGCCUGGACCAAUGCUUUGCAUCGUAGCAUGCUACCUGGCGUUCGUCCUGAAAAUCGGCCCCAAAAUGAUGGAAAAGAGGCCGCCCUUCCAAGUGAAUUCCCUGCUGAUCGCCUACAAUGCAUUUCAAGUAGUCUUCAGCGUUUGGUUAACCCUUAAGGGAGUAGAUCCCAGAAUCUGGAAGGUAAUCAUAUCGCCUAAAUGCAACGCGGCUCAAACAUCCAAGGACAUAGAUCUCCAAACUGCGGUAGUGGCGACAGCUUACUGGUACUUCAUAGGAAAACUUACCGAGCUUUUGGACACGGUGUUCUUCGUCCUGCGGAAGAAGCAAAAUCAGGUCAGCUUUCUGCACGUUUAUCAUCACACGGUGCUCGUCGUCUUCGGCUGGGUGUACGUCAAGUAUUUACCAGGCGAGCAAGGCGCUAUGCUCGGUAUCUUGAAUUCCUUCGUCCACAUCGUCAUGUACACGUACUACUUGAUCGCUGCUCUGGGUGCAGAGUACAAGAAAUACUUGUGGUGGAAGAAGUACAUGACGUGCCUCCAACUGGUCCAAUUUGUCAUGAUGCUGUGCUAUCUGAUGAUGACCCUCGCGAUGGACUGCAAGGUCCCAAAGACCCUCACCUACUUCUUCAUGGCGAACGUGGUGCUCUUUCUUUACCUGUUCGGCGACUUUUACAGGAAGAGCUACACGAAAAAGAGCAUCUAAUGUAUACCUACAAUGACUUUAUCCAGGCGCGAACGUCUGCCGUAGCAAUCGUCUUUGAACGCACGUCGGAUGUCGAUCGCCUAACGGUGGAAAAAAGGAAAAGGUACGGAGACUGCACGGGCAGAAAUGGAAGUCGUAUCGAGGUCAGAGCGCGUCGGCAGACGGCGUCAAACCAAUUAGGGUGCCAGUAUCCGAAGGAUACGAAUUCAGAGUUCAAUCGGGGAAAUCGGUUUCACUGUUUCCGAGGCAAAGCCGCGCGAGGUAACGGGGCUCGAGCAGCAAUCUAGGCCAUUAGGUCCACGGUCGAUGCGUUGCUCGAAGAAGCGUCGAAGAAGUACGACGCACGUGCGGGAAGAGGUUGGCGACACCGGAGAAGCCUUGACCAAGUCUGAUCGCCGCAGGCUCUGGGUUUUGGUUCAACUGGGCUACGAUCCGAGAAAGAAAGCAAGCGAGAGGAGGCCGUGCCCCCUCAGACGUUGCCACGCACUCCCAGAGAAACGGUAACUGCUUUUUCUUUGAGCUACAAGACUGCUUCGACUUCGAGCAUACGGAUUCAUCUGGAAUUCCAACUGACCGUGACGCACCUACCUAGCCUUUGUACGCCAGAUUCUGUUUUCGAUGAAACAGCACGUGGUUGGAUCUGGAAACGUCGCCAUCGAAGCCUUCUUCCGUUUUGUCGCUGAAACAAUGAAUCGAACACAUAGCCGUUAAUUAAUCUCCCAAAGUUCUAUACGGAGCUGGAGAGAUUGCCUCCGACGAGGAAACAUCGCCUGUCAGGAGCGAAUUUCGAUGGAACUUUGCUCGAAUGACGAAUGGGUUUCCUUUUUCCUGGAGACUCGUGAAUUAUCAGAAAAAAUAGUCAAUAAUUUUUACCAUUGAAACUGGGUUCCAUUCAGAGGCAAUCCUUUCAGUUCCUCGAUAGAGGUACAUACAUAGUUUGCGUUCAGAUGGUCUCAGGGAGUUCUAUAAUCUCGGAAUUUCGAGAUAAUACACUGGGAAGGAUCGUGUCGCUCGACGUUAAAUAGGAUAAUUAUUCCAGGUAAAAACUCCAAGUAAAAAUACCAGGUAAAAAUCGGUCUCCAUACGAUCGAUCGCGUCGAUUCGCCCGAAAACAUUAUUGCGUCGACGAGAUUUUCUUGUUUUUGAGCGAACCAACGAGCUGUUUUAUCAAUGCAACACAUCUGUCGCGAUUGACGGCACUUAUCGUAAAUAAAAACGUUGCCGUCGAUCGUGAUACGUGAAUGG